AUGGAGACGUCAGACGAAGAAGCGGAGCACAGAACAGCUAUUCAAUUCUGUACGGUACGCCAUGAUCUUAUGCAUGCGUUACGGAAGAAGCGCCCAGACUUGGCAGCUCAGAUUGAAAACGUAGUAUUGCACCAGGACAACGCCCCAAGCCAUGCCUCUAGGAACACACAACUAGACAUCGAUGUAGAGCAAUAUGGUACCAAUGGUGCGGCUGUCGCUGAAUUCCUGGCUUGUUCUAAUGAAAAUGGCAGAUUGGGACCAAGUUACUGGGCUGACCUCUACAGCGACGACUACUGCGAUGGAUCCAACCAGUCCCCCAUUGCCAUUCCGGCUGCCGCCAACAUGACGUACGACGCAAGCCUGAGGACCGCCUUUAAGUUCACCGGAUAUAGCAGCAUGGCCGCCUCCAGCAUCACCGUCACAAACAACGGACACACAGUUCAAAUGAGCAUCAGCGAUGCUGAAAUUGGAAACAUCCACAUGACAGGCGGAGGGCUCACUGGACAGUAUAACGCCCUACAGCUUCAUUUCCACUGGGGACCCAAUGACGACGAGGGCUCAGAACACACCUUCCGGGGGCAUCAGUUUCCCUUAGAGAUGCACAUUGUGCAUAUGAAAGAUGGGGUAGCAGAUCUCCCUACUGCCCUCAAACAGUCUGAUGGGCUGGCGGUGCUCGGAUUCUUCUUCGCGAUAGAUGACCACGACCAAGACAACUCCGCCAUUGCCCCACUGAUCACAAAACUAGCGGACAUUCCAUACAACGGUGACUCAAGGGUGCUGGACCUGGAUUUCUCGGCCCUGAUGCCAGCGACCAGCACGGACUUUUACCGCUACAACGGUUCACUGACUACGCCCAAGUGUAACGAGGCUGUUGUCUGGACGAUAUUUGAGCACAAGAACCUCAUCUCGUCUAAACAAAUGGCAGCUUUCCGAAGCCUGCACAAGAACACACAGGGUUCCACAAACAGCUUACUGACCUCAAAUUAUCGUCCUGGGCAAGCGCUCGGAACUAGGACCGUAACGAAGAGUUACAUCACAGACGUUCCUGAUGACUACACCUGGGGAUAUCAUGGCUAUGAAGGAGCAGACACGUGGGGCUUGUACUACCCUGACUGCGCCCUAAAAAGGCAAUCACCCAUCGAUCUCCCAAGCCCAAUCAAUAUGACCUUUGACACCAGCCUACAGCUUGAUACACUGAUGUUUAACAACUACGAGGUGGACUUUACCGGGAAGAUACAUAACAACGGGCACUCUGUGCAAGUAGACAUCCCUUCCUCUGCCGACCUUCAUCUGACUGGCGGCAAUCUAGGUUCCACAUACAAAGCGGUGCAGCUACACUGGCAUUGGGGCGCGGACGAUACCACCGGCUCCGAGCACACAUAUCAAUCAAAACACUACCCUCUUGAGCUUCACAUUGUCCACUACAAUACUGCCUAUCGGAGCCUUGCCAGCGCCGUUUCGCAGUCAGACGGUCUUGCUGUCGUAGCCUUCUUCUACAAGAUUGACGCAGACGACAACGCAAACUAUGCCACUCUGAUAUCGGCGCUUUCAAACGUGCAGUACAAAUCGGCCAAAACGUACAGUGUUUCGAUAAACGUCCGGGACUUGACCAACAGUGCACUUCCGAUCGACGGCAUGACGGGCACCAAAAUGACCUACUUCCGGUAUCAAGGCAGCCUAACCACACCCUCCUGCUCUGAGGUGGUCACAUGGACAGUUAUGCUGGACCCAAUCCAAAUCAGUUCCACUCAGUUGGCGAAUUUCCGGGAGGUUUCCCACAUUGAGUCAGGAACCAUUGGCACUCAUGACAAGAUAGAUAAGAACUACAGGCCCGUACAGGCGCUGAACGGAAGGACUGUGUACAAGAGCGCCGACAUCAGCGCUUCCGGGCGCGUCAGGCCCACGAAGGUCAAUACAAGAUCAAAGUUAAUCGGUUGA